UUGAAACUCACACUGUCAGAGGAUUGUAGGAUUUUAAUUGUUAUCUUUAUUAUUUUUACCUGAUUUACAUAGUAACCUGCUUUGGGAUUGUUUGCUCCGCGUUAUCCACGUGAUUUCUGCUAAAGGCAAAAGUGAAACUUAGUUUCACCAUUAAACAACAUAAUAACAGCACUGGCUUGAUUCGUAAAGAGAGCAGUCAAAGAAAAAAAACAACAAAAUGGGAGACCGUGGUCAAGAGGAGAAACGAUAUGACCCCAAAGAUACGACUCUGAAGUUUGUCAACAGACCGGAUGACCUGGACCCUCUGCCUCCAGACGAUGAAGACCAGUGCCUAAGGGCUGAGAUGUCGUGUGGCCACGCAGUCACCCCACAGUCCCUGACCGCGUGGUGCCGCAGUCUCCUGGACCAGGGCCAGUUUAAGUUUAAGUGCCCCGCUCUGAAGGAGGGCACUCUUCAGAGAUGCAACCAAGAGUGGCCCUAUCAGGAGGUGCGCAGACUGGCUGUGCUCACACCUGAGGAGAUGCAGUACUUUGAGGAGAAUUUGGCCCGUUUGGCUGCUUCAACAUAUUUUGAGUACAAGACUUGUCCUGGGUGUAAAACAUAUGUGGAGAGGAAGGACUUGACCAACCUUAACGUGGAGUGUACAGUUUGUCAAGCAGAGAACAAGAGCAGUCAGUUCUGCUGGCAGUGCCUCAAACCUUGGAAAGGCCGUGCCCCUCGCUCUGACCGCUGUGAAAACGACGGCUGCACCAACCUUGAGCUGACGCUGCUCAUGAAUUGUAAGAUGACCAACCUCUGCGAGGUCGAGGGGGCACAAGAGGUCCCCUCCAUCCGGGCCUGUCCCACCUGUGGGCAGAAAGUGGAGCACAACAAAACGGGCUGCAAGAACGUCAUCUGCCCUCGCUGUCAGAAGGAGUUCUGCUUCGUGUGUCUGAAGCUCACUCCUGAGUGUCUGAAGACCAGCUCUUACUACCUUCCCUGCAGCGCUGGAGUGGCCCCCAGGCAAACCUCCAUCCCAGUGUGGAACAGGACCUGAGUCUGCACAGAAGCCUUCAAUACCAUCAUUAGCUACUGUACUAAAUAUACUGUUCAUUCAGUUAUUUUACUACUUUGCACCUGCUACUUUGCAUCACUUUCUGAAAUCUAACACAAACUCUCCCUUUUUGUUUUAGUGUACUGUAUAGUGAAGUUUAUGGUUAACUCUUUCUGCUGGUGUUGGAAAGCUUAAAUAUCCAAAUAAAGUUUGACCUGAAAUUACCAA